AUGUGUGGACUGUACUUGAUCAUGUCCCAGAAACCGCCCCCUGACCGCAAAAUCGCAACCAGCUCGCCUCAUGCCCGCCCACACUCUGAGAUAAGCUGGCGCGAUACACCCGAACUGCCACGGGCCGAGGAGAUCAUGAAAGAAGCCUGCAUACUCCCAAAGAAGAACGGCCUAAACGCCGUCUACCCGACGAAAAGCGCAUAUCUCCGGGCCCAGUAUGACCUCCUACGCUUCGAGGGCGUCGAGCCUCUCCGCAGAGCCGUUCAAGAGUACAAGUCCGCGCCCGAGAUGGCAGAGAGCACUGAGACAUCCAUAUACACCGAUGUCUUUGUCCGCGGAGUCAACAUCAUACGCCUCGGAGUCAUGGUCCGCGUCACCUUGUCCGCCGUCCGCGCACGGCAGCUCAUCAACUGGCCAGCAUCUCAGCGUGUGGUCCCCGGCACGAUAGUAGCCCUGUCUCCAGCUUCGGAUCGCUUUAGAACACAGUGUAUCGUGGCAGUGGUGACGGGUCGCUACGACGAACUCGCUGGCAGUUCAUCGGCGCCUCCUCCUCUGGAUCUGGAAUUUUCCGAUCCUGGCAUCACGGCCGGCUUUAUGGAGCCAGACCAGGAGUAUGUCAUGGUCGAAGCCCGCUCCAACUACUUUGAAGCCGUUCGGCACGUUUUGGAAGGCCUCAAGCAGACGGCAGAAGACGAUUCGCCAUUCGACAAGUACUUCGUCGGCCAGCUGAACAUCGUCGGCAUGCCUAAUUCUUUCUCGCCCUCCUCCACCACACUGGACAUCUCAGCCCUCCACGAUGGUCUCCAACGCCCACAACCCAUCCACAUCCCUGUCCAAGGCGACAUACCCAUCCACAUCCAACAGAAAACAAGACUAGAUCAAUCCCAGCUCCAAGCUCUCCAGCGCAUGACAACAAAAGAGCUCGCCAUAGUCCAAGGCCCCCCCGGAACAGGAAAGACACACACAUCCAUGGCCGCGCUCAAAGUCCUGCUAAGCACACAACGCUCCAACGUCCCCAUCAUCGUCACAGCCCAAAAGAACGACACCGUCGACGAGCUCCUCGUCAGAUGCCACCAGCUCGGCGUGGCCUUUGUACGUCUGGGAGGCCAGGCUAAAGAUGAGGUCGUCGCCAGCCGGACGCUCUUUAACCUCCGCAUGCGAUCUCGCGGCAAGACCUGGAGCAAGAGCGCGCUCGAGAAACGUCUCGUCUCUCUCAGGUCUCAGGCGAGGCUCCUCCUUCAACGCUGCUUCCCGCCCGCUCACCAGCAAUUGAUCUUACCGGAGCACUUUCGGGAGGUUGGCUUGAUCAGCGCCGAGCAGCAUGUCUCGGUCAUGAAAUGCUGGGAUGGCGACCUCAAAUCCAUCGCCGGAGAGGGAUCCCGACACCCGCUCGGGCCGUGGCUCAGUGAUCGUCUGCUUUCAAAGAUGCCGCAUAGGAGCGUCCACGUUCCUAUCAGCGACGGUGUUGACGAUGAAGAGGCAGCCUCAGGGUCUGGCGUCAGCGAUAAGGGCUCUGCUUGCAACAAGAAGGAGCAGUUAUCAGGCAAACCUAUCCCAAUCGCGCGAUGGAAUAGCAUUAAAGACUCAAGCGGUGUUGCUGUCAGCGACAAGCUAGCACAAGAGCUGCUCGCGCAUAACGGGAACCUCUGGUUGAUUGCGCCCAAGUAUCGUGGCAUGGUAUACCAGUACCUCGAACGUAGAUACAUCACAUCAACCAAGCUAGCCCUCUCCGCCGUCUUCAAACAGCUCGACAACGUCGUCCAGAAGCUCAAGGUCACACGCUGGCAAGAAGACAUCACCGCCAUCCGCGACUCAAAGGCCCGCAUCAUAGGAUGCACGACAACAGGCCUCACAAAGUACCGCAAGCUCAUCGCCGCGCUACGCCCCCGCAUCAUGAUGAUCGAAGAAGCCGCCGAGACCCGCGAGGCAAACAUUACCGCCGCGCUGUUCCCUUCCCUGGAGCAGAUCAUCCUCGUCGGCGACCACAUGCAGCUGGCGCCCCACGCUGACGUCCUGGAGCUCAGCAAGCCCCCCUUCUACCUCAACGUGUCUCUGUUCCAGAGGCUUGUGGAGCGCGGCUUGGAGCAUUCCACCCUCCAGGUGCAGAGACGCAUGGCGCCCGACAUUCGCAAGCUGCUGAGCGCGUGGUACCCUCUCCUGGUGGACCACCCUUCGACAUUAGACCGGGAAGCCGUUCCAGGUAUGGGCUCGAAGAGCCUGCUGUGGUUCAACCACCAACGCCCCGAGUCAUCUAACCGGUACUGUAGCAAAGUCAACACUUUCGAGGCCGACAUGAUUGUCGGGCUGUACAGCCACCUAGUCUCCAACGGCACAAGCCCCUCAGAAAUCACCAUCCUGACCUUCUACAGCGGACAAAAGGCCUGUAUCGAAAACGGCCUCCGCCAAACCCGCAGCGUCGGCCGCCUCGGGCCCGAGGUCCAGACCGUAGACGGGUACCAGGGCAGAGAGAACAGCAUCAUCCUCAUCUCCAUCACCAGAAGCCCAGAAGACCGUUCAAAACCGGACGCGGGCUUCCUCAACGACCUAAGACGCGCCAUCGUGGCCCUCAGUCGUCCUCGACAUCUGCUCGUCAUCCUCGGCGAUAUGCAGAAUCUGCUAGCAUCAUCGGCUCGACCCAUCUGGAGCGAGGUCUUGAUUAGGAUGGAGGCCCCGCCCACGGACUACAUCCCCGUCUUCUGCAAAGCGCACGGGAGUGAGAUUCGCAUCCAGCAGCCGGGUGAUUGGGCAAGGCUUGCGGGUAAGGGAGGCUGUAGUAUGCGCUGUGGGCGAACGACGGGUGCACGAGGAGCAAUAUGCGGCCGAAAGUGCCACGGAAUGCUAACUGGAUCUGGCGUUUAG